AUGCAGGUCACGCACAUUCGGAUCGGCUUUGUCACGCUGCUGCUGCUCGGCCUUUGUCAGUCUGGAAACCAGCUCGGAACAACCCCGAACAUUAAAGAUAUCGUGAUCGGACGUUGUUAUAAUUAUAUAACGCUCGUGAACCCUGGAGUACGGUAUGACUGUGAAGACAUCUGGAGGCACUUCGAGGCCGUCGUUCUCCGGCAGCCGUCGUGUAACGUGACCGUGGACGACUAUCGGACGCUGUUCCGGUUGAUGACGCAGACCUGGCCAUGCGGCACGGGUCUGUUCUGGAGUAAAACCAGGUCCCUGAUGCACAGCUACGCCGCUGUCUUGCCGCACUUGUGGACGCUGGAGGACACUCUGGUGGGAUACGUCUUUAACAACCUGGUGUGGUGCAGGCGAGACCAGGACAGCGAGUUUGACUUUGGGUCGUGUCCAGAGUGGUCGUCCUGCAGCAACCAUCCGGUCUCCUCUCUGUGGAGACAGGCCUCACAGACUUUUGCAGAAGCAGCUUGUGGCAACAUCACCGUCCUCCUGAACGGGUCCAUCGCUGACGCCUUCAACAGAACCAGUAUGUUCGGAAGUGUUGAACUCGACAGCCUCAACCCACAGAGCGUCCAGUACGUCAACAUCCACGUGGUGACCAGUCUGACCGGACCUCACAUAGAAUCUUGCGGCAGAGGAUCCGUGGUGGACCUGGUUCACAGGCUCCAGACCCGGGGCUUCCGCUGGACCUGCACAGACAAUGACCAAACGCUGAUCUUGCUUCAGUGCAUCCAGAACCAGGCUUCCUGCAGUCUGACAAACCUGAAAAGCCCGUUUCUACUCUAA